UUUUUUAGGUUGUCAAAGACACCCGCAUUAUGGUAGACUCAGAAGAAGGUGUAUCAUCACUGGAUAACCUGUUUUAUGACCGGCCAGUAAUUCAUAAAGUGAAACCCUUAUGUCAGGGACAAGGCUCCUGGGUUUGGGAUGCUCCACCAUCAUUAUCACAAAUACCUUCCACACAAGACAUCCAGAGAGAGACAGCACACCCUACCUCAUUUAGUUACUCUCAGAGAUCAAAGACAUUUCUGCCUCCUGCACAAAAACCUAUUCACAAUCCCACUGACGGUAUCCAAGGUCAGACUGUGAAAUCACAUGAGCUGGAGGAGCCCGUUCUAUGGAGCCAUGAACCCUCUAGUGCAGGAGAGCAGGCUGUUUUCAGAAUGGGUUUUGCGGAAACAAGGCCUUUACCUACUGCCAGUGCUCCUCCCUUUAAGACUCGGCUGUUCCAAGCUCCCACAAGAAGGACUUCAGAAAAUGGGGAAGACGGUAUCUCAAAUCAGACGAUGUCAACAACAAAUGACACUGCUUUCCUAAUUCAGGCUGCUAGGAGGACCAGCGGCCCACAGACUGCACAUGCUGUUGCUGCCUGUAGUCCCUUUAUUGGUUUGACCCAAACAGAGCAGAAAUGUGAUGUUCCCUCAAGCCAUAGUCUUCAUCUUGGUCUCAAACUUGCAGAAUCUAAAGGGUCUUCUGGAAAAGGAACACUUCGUUCGGUCUCUGAAAUUCCUGCAAAAUUCAGAAGUGUGUUUAAAGAUUUCCCUUACUUCAACUAUGUGCAGUCCCAGGCACUGGAUGAUGUUCUGUACUCCAAUAAAAAUUUUGUUGCGUGUGCUCCCACGGGCUCUGGAAAGACUGUGCUUUUUGAGCUGGCCAUUGUUCGACUGCUGAUUGAGGCUUCAGAGCCUUGGCACAAUGUCAGAGCAGUGUACAUGGCACCAAUUAAGGCUCUCUGCAGCCAACAGUAUGACAACUGGAAACCGAAGUUUGGACCUCUUGGACUUAAAUGCAAGGAAUUAACUGGAGACACAGAGAUUGAUGACUUUUUUGAAAUCCAGGAUGCUCAUCUCAUUUUUACAACUCCAGAAAAAUGGGACAGCAUGACUAGAAGAUGGAAGGAUAACUGUUUAUUGACAUCGAUUCGUCUCUUCCUCGUUGAUGAGGUACAUGUGGUGAAAGACAAAACCCGUGGAGCCACUCUUGAGGUUGUGGUCAGCAGAAUGAAAACCAUGCACUUCUACCGCCAGGCUGUAAAUCCCGAAUCAAAAGCGUCCGUGAGAUUUGUGGCUGUCUCAGCUUCCAUCCCUAAUAUUCAAGACGUAUCUGAAUGGCUUUCGGAUGAGUCAGGGCCUGCCACAUGUCUGGAGAUGGAUGAGAGUCACAGACCAGUGAAACUGAGGAAAGUGGUGCUAGGCUUCCCUUGUGGAAGUAAUCAGAAUGAAUUCAAGUUUGAUCUUUCUCUCAACUACAAACUGGCCAACGUCAUUCAGACCUACUCUGACCAAAAACCGACCCUUGUUUUUUGCUCCACAAGAAAAGGAGUUCAACAAUCUGCUUCUGUGCUUGCCAAGGAUGCCAGGUUUAUCAUGAGCAUUGAUCACAAACAAAGAAUGGUGAAAAAUGCAAACUCUCUGCUUGAUGCAAAACUCAGAGAUCUAUUUGUUUAUGGUAUUGGAUAUCAUCACGCUGGCAUGGAUGUGUCAGACAGGAAAAUCACCGAAAACACAUUUACAUUGGGUGACUUGCCAGUUUUAUUUACAACAAGCACUCUAGCCAUGGGUGUGAAUAUGCCAGCCCACCUUGUGGUAAUCAAAUCCACAAUGCACUAUGUUGGUGGUGCAUGCGAGGAGUACAGUGAAGCUGACCUGUUACAAAUGAUUGGAAGAGCUGGCAGACCACAGUUUGACACAACAGCAACUGCAGUAAUCAUGACACGGUCUCAGACAAAGGACAAAUACAUGCAUUUCUUGAGUGGUUUAGACUGCAUAGAGAGCAGCUUGCAUACAAACCUGGUGGAGCACUUGAAUGCAGAGAUAGUUCUUCACACCAUAUCUGAUGUGAACAUGGCUCUGGACUGGAUCCGUUCCACUUUCCUGUACAUCCGUGCUUUGAAAAAUCCCAAACACUAUGGCUUUCCCCCUGAAGUUGACAAGUGUGGAAUUGAGACUAAAUUACAAGAACUCUGCUUGAAGAAUCUCAACUCUUUGGCCUCUUUUAACUUGAUUACCAUGGAUGAAGACAUCAACAUCAAGCCCACAGAGACUGGAAAACUCAUGGCCAGGUACUGUGUCGCCUUUGACACUGUGAAGCAGUUCAGCAUGGUGACUGGAACAGAGACCUUACCUGAGCUGAUUGAAAUGAUAUCAAAAGCAAAAGAGUUCAGUGACAUGCAGUUAAGAGUAAAUGAAAAGAAAACCUUGAACACGGUGAACAAGGAUAAAAACCGAACCACCAUCAGGUUUCCAAUGGAAGGGAAGAUCAAAAGUAACGACAUGAAAGUGAAUUGUCUAAUACAAGCUCAGCUCGGCUGCAUUCCCAUUCAGGAGUUUGGACUUAUACAGGAUACUGGAAAAAUAUUCAGAAAUGCAAUUAGAGUUAGCAGAUAUCUGACCGAGUUUCUCUGUCACCACUCCAAAUCAAACUUUGCAGCUCAACUCAACGCUUUAAUUCUUGCCAAAUGUUUUCGAGCCAAACUGUGGGAAAACUCACCUUACAUCUGCAAACAGCUUGACAGGAUAGGAUUAUCACUUGCCACUGCUUUGGUCAAUGCAGGUCUUACAACAUUCAGCAAAAUUGAGCAGACCAGUCCUAGAGAAUUGGAGCUAAUUGUCAACAGGCACCCUCCAUUUGGAAACCAGAUUAAGGAAGCCAUCAGCAAACUUCCCAGAUAUGAAGUUAGUUUGGAACAGAUUCCACGAUACAGUCCAUCCACAGCUGAGAUUGUUUUCACAGUCAACAUGAGUAACUUUAAGGAGUUGGCACUGAAGCGGACAGCACCAGACCACCAUUAUGUCACUCUUAUUGUUGGAGAUUGUGACAAUAAGGUGGUUUUCCAACAAAAAAUCUCGGACACCUUGAUCUUGAAGUCUGGGAGCUGGUCAAAGAGAAUCGAGGUGACAAGAUCACCAAAGGGAGAAGAGCUCAGCAUUCAUUUGAUAAGCUCUGAAUAUGUGGGUCUGGACAUACAGCAGGACUACAGCGCCCACUACUCAGGAGUGCAGGGUUUGCGAGCUAAUUGCUCCAUUACAGAGAAACCAACAUGGAGAUUUCAGAGGAUUCACGACACAAUGAAGAAGAGACAAGGCCCCACAGCCGCAACUCCCAAUCCUUCACUCAACGACAUUCUCUUCAUGGAUCAAGUUGCUCCAAACAUGGUUAAGAGAAAUUGCCAUCAUCUCUGCAAAAACAAAGAGCUCUGUAGACAUGACUGCUGCAAAAUUGGAGUCAAAAGGACUGGACUACAGUCCAAUGUCUCCUCAUACCUAGACAACCUAAAAAUGAGGAAUGAGAAACUUUGUGAGACUCCUGUGAAGCGGUUGAAGAUGAUGAUGAAUAAUGGCACAGCAGCUAUAAGCAUGCAGCAGUUCUCCUACAAUCCCAAAGACACACUUUCUGCUGCCAAGAGGUUUAAAGGAAGUCAGUGUUACGCUCAAAAUGCAUAUCAAGUCCAAGAUCUGGAGGCCAGUUUUGCCACUCCAUGCCAGAAUUCAUCAUCUGAGGCAUGGCUUGAUGGUUACAUUGAUGAGCUGGGAGAUGGGUAUAUUGAACAUGUAAACCCUGCAUUAGAACAUCCUCAACCUCCUGCUUUACCACAAAAAGAUGAACAAAGGUCUCUGGGAUUGGAAGGACACAAGGAGAUGACAUUUAACAGUCAGCCUAAGCCACACAAUGAUGGACACAUGCCCAGGGUCAGUCUUAAUAAAGCCAGGGUUUAUUUAAACCCAACCCACAGCACCGACAGUGGUCUUUUCAGGUCUGAUUUCCCUGAUGUGACAUUUGACCUGGGAGUAAACUAUUGGGAUGAUUUUGAUGACAGAAACCUGGUUGAUGCCAGCAAUGUGUGUUGUGAAUCCCAACAAUUUAACCCGAUGACAGAGCAACAUCAGCCAGCACAUUCUGGUUUGGCUGCAGCCUCUUAUUGUCCAACACAAACGUUGCAAGGAACUGAGAGUCCUGUCUUACCACAAAGGGUGCAACCAAUGGCUUUUACACCUAAAAAUGCAAUGUGGACAAAAAUGAACACAAACUCCCUCUCAAGUGACCAGAGUCAAGCCAAAACAGGUUCAGUCCAAAAAAGAUUUGAUUUUUUCUCAAGGACUGAUGCAGCUCUGAAGGAAAACACACCUCUUAGCAGUGAUCACACAAAGGAAAUCAGCGAUGAGGCCCAUGUUUUUUUUGGUUUGUUUGAUGGCCUUUUUUAAUUGUGUGACUACAAUAAGAAGAAUCCAGGUUUCUAUGAUAUUUGUUCAUUUUAUGAUGUUCUUGUUUAAAUACUACUCACUCUAUAGACAUUUUACAACAAACAGCAUCAGAUAUGAAACUCCCUGAAAAAUAGAUAUUAGU